AUGGAUGAAGACUUUGUGGAACCAAAACCAAAAAGAUUUAAACAUGUGACAACAGAAGAUAUUGAAAAGUUGUUCGAGGUGAGACAAGCCCCUAGUACCAAGAAAAACACAGCCUGGGGAUUGAAAAUAUUUCAAGAGUGGAACAAGGAGACAACAGGGAGGGAGUUAAACCUGGGUACAGUUUCCGAAGAAGACCUUGCUGAAAGCCUCAGUAAAUUUUACUGUGAAGUGCGGCCAGCCCCCAAAAGUCAAGACCAAGACAAUAUUGAGAAUGUGUACCAUAGAAACAGUCUCAUCAGCAUCCGAGCAGCAAUAAACCGACAUUUGUCUGAUAUUCACAGAAACAUUGAUAUCGUCAGGGAUAAACAAUUCAAAAUGUCCAACGGAAUACUAGAUGGCCUUCUUAAACAGAGAAUGAGACUCGGCCUUUCCAAACCGGUGACGCACAAAGAGAUUAUAGACCAAGAUGACCUGGAGAAAAUUGCAGCUUAUUUUGAAUAA